AUGUCUGCCAAAGACACCAAGACAUCAUCCGAGGAAAAUACUACUUCAAGAACUUCGAAUUCGAGGUCACGAACAGAGACAGGAACGAACACCAACACCGGCACGAUGACAGGAAGUGGAACGACAACUACUAUCCUAUCCUGUUCUGGUUCUAGUGGUUGCCCAACUUCAAUUCCCACCCUUCUACCAGUGAAAGAACGUGACAUGCUCUAUGCAGAACGAGCUAUAUUUUCAUCUCCUGCUACAACCACUAGUCGCUCCUGUUCUGAUUCCAGUGGUUGCCCAGCUUCGGUCCCGACUCUCCCUCCGGUGAUUGAACCUGACAUGCUUUAUGCAGAACCUUCCAUGCUGUCGACUUCUGGUAGGGCUAAGACCACAACGACGAAAGAUACUCCUACUUCCACAAAGAAGACGACAACGACAACGAAUACUAAAUCAGCAACAACUACCACUUUCAAGAAGCAGGCCACAACCUUAUCAUCUCAAACAAAAACAGCCGCCGGCACACACUCUCCGGCUGCGCCGGCCGUAUUACAAAAAUGUCACGGUCUGAAGACGAGAAAGUAUGUAACCCGAGAUACAGUGAAAGACUUGAUCAGUUCCUUUUGCCGCGCAGCAGUCAAACAAGGAAAAUUAGACAAAAACUCUGGUGCAAUCUCGCGAACAUAUCUCAAAGGCACGAUGGAAGAAGUUGAGAUAGCAAUUGAUUGGGCACCUAAGCUUGACUUUAAGCCUACUUUGAAGGAUUGCGAGCGGAACUUGAUUGAUAGGGCAUUAGAUGGCUGUGAUGGGAAUGACCCCAAUAAUCCAAUGAACUGGAAGGGCGGUGGGCGUGUGACAGUUGGCCCUGUGACAUACCGCAUCGAUCCAAGGACAAAGCGCCACCCGGCUCCGAAGAAGGUUCUCGGCACCGCGUAUCCUAGGUGGAAUGAAAGAGAAUUUCUCUUCCGGGUCUGGGGCCGCGGAUGGCUUAACUCCGAUUUUGGUGUGGCGCUCCAAAGGGAGGUGAAGAAGAAAUGCGGUCGAACCCCGUCCGAGUUCAAGUUCGAGUAUCGGUUGGAGGAUGACGGCUCGGAGUGGUCCAUAGACGUUAAUACUGGUGUGCGAGAUGCUCACUGUUUACUUGAGGCUGCGAAGAGUGCUGGCGGGCCGAAGGAUUUCGCUUUCCACCGCACUCUACCUGAGGCCCGCUCUUGA